AACCGCGGUGCAGUCGCCCGGAAGGAGUCGUGCUACCGCCCGCCAGGCUCUGGCAGUAACAGCCAUAGAACAUGGAGGGGCGGGCUCUCUCGGAUUCUCCGAACCUUGUUAUUGGUUGUAAUGCGACAGUUGUAUAACGUACGCACAUUAUCGGGCACAUUGUCUGAAAAUGCGCAAAUAGAGAUAAUGGAGGCGGAUCUGGAUCUAGCGCCGCCAUCCGUAGCACGACAAGCCUUGUAGCCCACGUCGUACGGGGAAAAACUCGGCGUUCUUGGACUGAACGACCCUCACCGACUCACUGUCCUCAAAGAAAAAAAGGUCUCACGACCAUAUUUCCCUGGAAGACGGAAGCCAUCGGCAAGGAGGACAGCCGCUUUCUCCGUAUACUGACAAAGAAAUCCGAGAUGUAAUGCCUUUCAGCGAAGUCCGCAAAGUGAUUAGUACAACACGGACAAUGUAGUAGAUCGGCCACGAAGGAAAUCUGGCGGCGAAGCACGCAAGGGGAACACGGAGCACUGAUCUGGCCACCAGGAUUGAUGACUUUCAAGAUUUAGAUGCCCUCAGACAUUGUAACACCAGGUUUCCAUUCAGAUGUAACCCACAUGGUCCUGGAUAGUCCUAGUCCUCAUUUGACCAAGGAAAGGAGUGGGUAAAACAUUGAGCUUGGUUUCCAGUCCUUGCAGAGAAUGGCUCAUGGAUGGGAUUCAUACUUCCAUAACCUUCCACCUCUAUCGUCGGAUCCAAGCACUUUGAGAAGGACAUCAGAGUCAGACGGAAGUCUUUCCCAGCAUAUAGAGAACUUCAUUGGACAUCAUGACUUCCCUGGCACAGUGGCUUCACAUGAAUCCCCUGAAACAAACCCAAACUUCAACACGGACUAUUACACAAAUCCCAGUAUUGAAAAUUCCAGCUCAGACUGUGUAUAUCAAAAAUACUACAAGGAAACAACAUGGCAAGCUGAUGGAGAACAAAUGGAGAAAGAUUACUUGCCAAGAUGUGGAAAUGGUGAUAUAGAUUUUGCCACAGAUGGAUUAUCAACAUCAGAAUCUUUUCCUUCAUCUUUAGAAGCAGAUUUACAAGGACUUAAGCAAGACUGUGGAAUGCUUGCUACAUCAUUUCUUGAGGACUACUCAGAUGUCAGUAGCUGCUCAGAUGCAGAUGUCAGUGAAACAAGAAGAACCUCUUGUAAAUUCAUGGCAAGUAAUUCAGUUCCAACACCUACAACUGAUGUUACCAUAAAACACAGCUCAUCGGAAUGGCUUUUUGCUGAUACUGGAAAUAUGCCAUUUCCAACUGAGAGUCCAUGCCCUAAUGUGUCACAGACUAAAGUAAUUUUGCCAAGUCUGUCAAAUGUGAAGGCAGUAAACGUUAUUGAAUGUGCACAAGACAAAAUGAAAAGUCCAGAAAACACUGUCAAAUGUUACACAGGACACAAUCAGUCCUCUAUUACUUCUACUAACACGGUGACAAGUACAGGGAGUGACACUGUAGAGGAUAGAAAUGAAAAUGAUGGUUGUGAAGAUCAGAAACAAAUGGAGUAUGUGGAGAGAGGUCUCGCUCAAGGAAAAUAUUCCAACAACUCAGAAAGCGGCCAAGGAAAUUUAACUGGUCAUGGAAGAGAGAAGGACCCAGAUGGCAAUGAAGAGGAGCAGAUCACUGCAACUGCUCCAAACACCAUGACUGCAUUUGACAAAGAGCAAGAUCACUUAGAUGAAAAAGAGGGUGAGGUGCAGGACACAAGUGAAAUCCUAAAAGGAGAAAGGAAAGAAUCAGGUUCAUUAGAUAAGCAGAAAGACCCAAAUCCCUAUUGCUCUGAUGGUCAAGAUGAAAAUAUGGAAACCAACUGUCAGAAGAAAGACAUUCAGUCAUUCACCUCUCAAUCUUCAGAUUCACCAGGUGUCAAGGUGGCCGAUUGCAAAGACGAUGCUCAUGAACAGAGGGAAUGCACACGUACCUUGAAAAGCAACAGUCAUAAUGUUGAAUCCUGUUUGCAUUUCUCUCAGCAUCAGUCUUACAAAUGUGUAGCUCAGGACAAUAUUUGUGAUAGCCCUGUUUUAAUGAGUGAGGGUCUUUUCAGUAAAGCCAGUGACAAGAAGAAACAAAGUGUUCCAGGUCAUUCAGAGUCUUCCUUAGAGCCAAAUAACUCCAACACAGAUCCAUGUUAUAAUCAUUCUGGCGUCACUAGUGACAGUCUUUCUAUUGAUACUAGUGACAAGAAGCAAGAUAUUGCUACCCAUGUAGAAUCCUGCUCACAGCCAGAUAGCUCCAGCACAGAUAUGAAGUCCUGUCCAAAAAAGGAAACAACAAGUCCACCAGUGAAAAAAACGACAACCUCUCCUACAGGUCCAGAUUGUAGUGGCCUCUUGACUAGUGACACCCAAGAACAAAAUGUUUAUAAUAGUUUAAAAAUGUGCUUACAUUCAAACACCUCAAGCACAGAUAUAAAUCCCUGUCUUGGAAAACAGUGGACAAGUCCAGCAGAGAAGAAAAAUACAACCUCCUCUCCAGAUCAGCAACAGUUACUACAUCCAAGCCCAGUGGCCCUAGAACCAGGAAGCCUUAGUGGGGAUGUUGCUGAAAAUGCAAAAGAGUCAUCUGAAGAGCCCGGCUCAUCUACAGAGGAACCAUACGUGCUUGGCGUGCUUUAUGGUGAACCUCUGUCAAGAGAAGACUCCUCGUGUGACAGUGAUGAAACAAAACUUGACACACAUAAAUAUAAAGACCCUUCUUUCGCCAGACCUCAUGGUAACAGCCUGAAUCAUUCAAAAGGACAAGCACUUCAACUGACAUCCUCUAUACAAAUGAGAAAAAGUCUGCAGCCUGUUGUAAUAAUGAAAACCUUAGCGCCAAUAAAUGGAAUGAGUAGCUCAUAUCAUUGCGCAAGUUGUCAACACACAACCCACAGUGUAGAGCAUCUAAUUGAACACCACCAUCAUUGCCAUUCAGUGUGCAAUUUCCAUUUUUGCAAAAAUUGUAAUCUGUACCUGAUGAGGAAAGAACAAGCUGAAAAACAUAUUUGUGGUGUAACCAAAGAAAGCCCUCUGCUCCCUUCUUCUUCGAGCCUACAGAAGGAAAAAAAACGCCAUGGCCGCCACAAGUGCAUUAGGUGCGGACUCAUAUUUUCAAAAAUGUUUCAGUAUAUCAGGCAUAUGCGAAUUCACACUGGCAAAACACCCUUCAAGUGCAAUGGAUGUGGACUGUAUUUUGCACAGGGUGGUACCCUGCAAAGACACAAGCGUAUACCUGGUAGAUGCAAGCAGCCAAAAGUUCCAGUUACAAAUUCUGAUGCUGUUACCAGCGAAACCAAAACACCACCACUAAAGGACAUGGUACAGAACAAACCAUAUGCAAAUUUGCCCAAAUGUUUCGUAAAGCUUGUUGACAUCUCUAAAACAAAUCUGUGGAGUGUAAAGUGCAGUAAAAGCUGCCCAACUGCAGAGAAGGCCAAAAAGCACUCCUUCAAGAUACACAAGGAAAAGAAUUUGGCAGCUUCACCAAGUCAGUCUACCACAAAACUUAGUGGUGAGAAAAGUCAAGAAGUAGAGAAUGAGACAGGAGGAAGAUAUAAAUGUCCUCUUUGUCCACGGCUUUUCAAGUACUCAUACAAUAGGGCUCGACAUUUGCGUUACUGUGUCAAAGAUUCAGUAUGUGGUGGUAAAGAAAAAGUUGCUGGUAAAUAUCGAUGUCCCUUGUGUCACGCUACAUUCACUUUAGCAUCCAACAGAUAUAGACAUAUUAACACAUCUUGCCUCAGAGAGUGUGUUAAUCGGCUUGCAAAAGAAAAGAAAAAUUCAGGACAAGACACUGAAGGGAACAAAACAAAAGGAAAUGAACAAACUCUGUCAAAGGAAAAUGAACAGAAAAAAGUCCCUGCAGCUCCAACUGCCCCCAAGCCUGUACCACGUUACAAAUGCAAGUUUUGUCCAGCAGUUUUUUGUCAUGCUUCUGGAAAGUACAGGCAUAUGAAGAAACAUGAGUUGUUUAAACUCACUGGUAAAAUGUUCAGGUACAGGAAUUCAAUUUUCUCUACCAUGUCUAAACCAGCAACUUAUAACAGUGCAGAGACUGAAGAGAGUAAGGAUGACUUAGAAUCAGCUGAAGGAAAUAGCAGUCUUGCCCUGAGCUGCCAUUUUUGUGGAAAAUGUUUUGGCACAUCACAGUCCCUGAAGAAACAUGAGCGCAAUCACAAAGGUGAAAGACCAUACAGCUGUCUGGAAUGUGGAAAAGGAUUCAAGAAACGUGCCUACCUGAUUGGUCAUAAAAUCGUUCACCAGAGGAGGAUUCAGUGCACUGUUUGCAGAAAGAUUCUUCCAACUAUUGGAGAACUGAUUCAGCACAGAAGCUCACAUCUUAAAAGGGGAAUGCUUCAAUGCCCGGACUGCCAUCUGCAGUUCCAGUAUCCUGCACAUCUCCUCAGGCAUCUAGAUGGCCACAGAAAUAGAGAAAACAAGGCAUUUCAGCAAGAAGAGAAACCACAAUUAAAACCCCAACAGUCCUUGGAAUCUGUGAAAGAGCAGAGUGGACCAAAACAGCUGCAAUGUUCCUUAUGCAAAGAGGUGUUUGAUGAUGCCCAAGUACUCAGAAAACAUUGUCUUACACAUAUAUCUGGGUCCUCGUCAAACCAAUGUCCAUUUUGCAAACUUGAUUUCCGUAGUCGCCGCUAUUUGUUGCGCCACAUGAUCAAACAUACAGGAGACAAACCCUUUUCCUGCACAAACUGUGGAAAACAGUUUUACCGGAAAUUGUACCUUAAACUUCACAUUGAGAAAUGCUUGCCUGCUCCAACCAGACAUUUUGUAAUGGAGUCUGACACUAAGACAAAGGGGUUACAUCAGUGUGUCUAUUGUCCACGGGUGUUUUCAAAGAAAAUGCGCCUGAAAAAUCAUCACCGUGGCCACAAGGUGAACUCUCUGCUUCUAUGUUCAAGCUGUGGACAGUACUAUGGAUUUACAAAAUUAAGCCAGCAUCAAAAGAACUGCAUCGGAACAAAGCCCAACACUGGCUUAUCAUCUCCUAAUGGUGAUUUCAGCAAAAGCACUUCUCAAACAAGCCAGAAUGUCCAUAAAAUGGAUUUACAAUCCAAUGCAACAGACAAGCUUCACUUUAAAUGCCCUCACUGUACGCAGAGGUUCAGGUAUAGAUCGUUACUCUUGAGACAUGUUGUUUCGCAUACUGGUGUGCAACCUUAUGCAUGUGUACACUGUGGCCACAGAUAUGGAAGUCAGACAAUGUGUUUGCAGCACGAAGCUUUCUGUGAUGGUGUUUACAAAGAGGGGCAUUCAAAAGUCAAAAGUCAUGUGGCAAAACAAUUGUCAAACAUGCCUACUCUCAGAGUGGCAGCACAAAAGCCCCAAGCAGAGGGUGAAGCUGAGUACAAGUGUAAAUUCUGCACCAAGACUUUCAUGAAAUCACGAAACCUGAGACGUCACAUUUUGACACACAACGAAGUGAAACCAUAUCGCUGCAAAGCCUGUGACAGCUGCUUUUCAAGAUAUGAUCAUCUGAAAGUACACCAGACUCGUUGUAAAGGGAAAAGAUCACGACUGGAAGUCUGCAUUCCGAAAAUCAGUUUAGAUGAUGUUGGCAAGGGUUGGCAAAAUAAAUUUGGCCUUGAACCUGCUGAAAAGCGGGAGUCAUUUGAGUGUGAAGUUUGUUCUAGGAGCUUCCCAACUCAGUCUAAACUUUCCCGUCACAACACAAUGUUUCAUAUUGCAAAAUUAUUCAAGUGCACAGGCUGUGGCACGUCAUUUGCUCAUGAAAAAUCUCUGAAAAAGCAUAAGAAGAUCAAAAGGUGCAGAAAGGUCUCCAAAGAAGCAAAUGCUUCUUUACCACUGGGAACUAAUCCAUCAACAGAAAAUGUGACAAAAUCUGUUGAUGACGUCAGAAAUCGAAUUCUUGAGAGGAUCCAGCCACAUUUUAACAGAAAGUACAAAUAUGUUUGUAGUUAUUGCCCCCGUGUUUUUGGAAACCGCUAUCAGUUAGGAGUGCACACCCGCCUGCACACAGGAGAGAGGCCAUAUGCUUGUGAGUAUUGUGGUCAGAGAUUUAUUAGGAAGGAUUAUUUGCAACGUCACUUCCCAAAGUGCACCAAGAAAUCACAGCAAAAUAAAGUGCUCUGUGACGGAUGUGGAGGAUUUUUCCCACAAGCCAGUCUUGAGAAUCACAAAGCAAGGUGCAUUUCAACACCGAGCUUCUCAAAGUCAUCAGUUUGCCCAAGCCAAAAGUCAGCAUCUCAAAGCCCACCAAAAGGCUUUUCUUGUGCAUAUUGUAGUUCCCGUUUUUUGCUUUUUUCACAGCUCCAAGAGCAUUUUUUAAAUGCACACAAGAUGGAAACAAUGGUUCCACCAGUGUCUACUGCUCCCCUACAACACCAUCUGUUGAAUAUACCAAACAUCAAAGAAGAGCCUUUGGAUGAGAGUUGUGACAAACGUCUUAGUGAUGAUGCUAAUUUAAUCUGUAAACUGGAUACAGCUCUUGAUGGGGAGGUCCCCAAACCAUUUACCUGCUCAGAGUGCGAUAUGUCCUUUUUAAGUAAAGCUGGAGUAACUGCUCAUCUGCGCACACACACAAUGGAGCUUCCUUUUAAUUGCAAAACAUGUCAGAAAGGCUUCUGGAACAAAAGUCUUCUGCGUAAUCACUACAGGAAAUGUAGAUUUGGACAUGUUUCAGAGAGGAAUACAACUGAAGAGCUGGAAGUCCCUUUGAAAGCAGAGAUUGAUUUUGCAUUGAAGGACUCUGUUCUAGUGUUCAAAGAAGGCUCCAAAACAACUGGCACUGGGGUUUUGCAGACCAACUUCUCCUGUAAAGAGGACUCCAUGGAUGAAUCCCCACAAAAUUCAGAAGGAAAUGAGGUGCAAGACAGCCGGAGCAAAGAGAAAAAAGUUGUUCAGUACCAAUGUUCAGAAUGUGACAAGAGCUUCACAGAUGGGUUGAUGCUCAUUAGCCACCUUGAAGACCAUGGAAGACAGGAACAAGAGAAAAAGCGCAAUACAUGUCCUAAGUGUGGCCGGGUGUGUGCUAGUCCAGGAAAUCUUGAAAAACACAUGAGGAUGCAUGAAAGUAAUAAGAAAUAUUCUUGCCCUGACUGCUCCAAGGUCCUUGAAACAUUAUCUGAUCUUGAAAACCACAGAACAUGUCAUGACCCAAGUAGACCUUAUGCUUGCAAACUAUGUAACAAAAGGUUUUGGACAAGACCAUCCUUAUGUAAUCAUUAUGGUGAAGACCAUCCAGAUGAUGUAUUUACUUGUCUUUUCUGUAACAAGUCCUAUUCAGUCAAAAAAUCACUGGCAAGACACUAUAGAAAAUGGCAUAAAAAAGAGCAAAAGGACCAUGUGACCACUGUACAGGAAAAGAGCAGCGCUGAACAACCAUCCAGCAGUCAAGUCAGUACAACUGGUGAAAGUGAUGAAGAUGAAAAUAACAGCAGUGAGGACAGUGACUCAGACUCUGCACCAUACUUCCCAUGUCAUGUGUGCGGCAAGACAUUCCCAACAUCAGAAAGUCUUGAGGAUCAUCAGCGGUGUCACCUGGGUGAAAAACCACAUGAAUGUGCCGAAUGUGGCAGAUGUUUUUUCCAGGCAUCCCAGUUGCAGCAGCAUCAACGAAUGCACAAGUCUGAAUUUCAGUGUCAGGCAUGCGGCAGGGGUUUUGUCUCUCUAUUUGCACUUCGUAAACAUAAGCAUACUCACGGAAAGAGCCGUCCAUACCGUUGUGCCAAGUGUCACCUCAGUUUCACAGGACCCACACAGUUAGCAGAACAUAUGUCUACCCACCGUGAGGAGAACUUCCCAUGUGACAUAUGCAAUCGUGUUUUUCUCUCCAAGAGUAGUAGAGCUGAGCAUCGGAAAAGCCACUCUAGGUCAGGUGACUAUAACCAACCUUCAGUUUCAAGGGAAAAACAUAAAAAGUCUGCUGCACUCUCUGAAAGCUCAUCAUUAGUCAACAAAGAACUUAAAUAUCGCUGUGGUGUUUGCAGUGAGCGUUUCGGAGACCCAGAGAAGCUCUCAGAGCAUGGUUGCAUGGCAGCCAAAGAGCGACCAUACUCCUGUUCAGACUGCAAUAAGCAUUUUCUGCAUGCAUCUCACCUGAAAAAGCACAGGACCACCCAUCAUCUAUCAUGGUCUAACAUUGAAUAUCCAUGUAAUCAGUGCAACAAUAGCUUUUCCUCAUCUCAGCACUUCCUCAGCCAUCUGAAGAGCCAUGUUGACACUGCAGCAGGAAUUAAAUGUGAAACUGAAGAUAAAGAUGGUGGUCCUUCACAUGGUUUCAUAUGUCCAGUUUGCCAUCAGUGUUUUACUACUGCCACAGAAUUGAUUGGUCAUUUUCCCACUCAUCCUGACAGUACAUUUGAAUGCAAAAUUUGUAAAAUGACAUUUCCCUCUGGAGGUAAGCUUGAAGAACAUGAGCGCUGUCAUCUUACAUCAGCUACUGAAUUAAAAUGCACAGAGUGUGGCAAGAGCUUUUUGGGAAGCGAUGCCUUCCACCAGCACCAUUGUUCCCACAAAAUACUGGAGAAUGAAUACUCAAAUCCAUCAGCUAAGACACCCACUCCUACUUACCAUCAAGCACCAGGAGAGGAGGAGGAGAUUGAUGUUACAGGAGAUGAUUUGUACUAUUGCCCUGUUUGCUCAAUGCAGUUCUCCUCAAAAAGUUGUCUCUUGGAGCAUCAAAAUAAACAGCACCCAAAUGAGAAGCCAUUCAAAUGUAAGCUUUGUGGAAAAACGUUUGCCCUGAAGCGGUACCUUAAAGAACACGAACGAAGGCAUCGUCAAAAAUCUGUGGCUCAAGACACAGCUCAGUUGACAGAAAACAAGCUCAAAUGUACUCAUUGCCACACCCAAUUCAAUUCAGCACAAGAGCUGUCUUUGCAUAUGAGAUUGCAUGCUGAAAAAGAAGUUGGAGAGUACCGCUGUGAUAUGUGCUACAAGUCAUUCAGCCAGUGGUCUCUCCUUAAGCAGCACCAAGAAAGUCAUGUUGGCGAAGUUGUAUAUGAAUGCACCGAAUGUGACAAAGCCUUUGCUUUUCCUCACCUACUGGAGGAACAUCAACAGACUCAUGCUGGUUCCUCUAAGUAAUGGUUGUUACCCUUCUUCCCUUUGAUUUACUGUAACUAAAGUAACUUGAAAUUCCUUUCAUGCCUUACAUCUGACUGUGUACCUCCACUUUUAAUCCCAGUUUAGGUCCAGUUUGUAUUAUUGCCCUUGUUACAUACUUAUAAAGUUAUUGGCUCAUGUCAGUAUGACAGGGUAUCUUGUUCUGAGUUGUUAUUUACAUUGUAUAUAUUUCUUCUAUUACUGGAAUUUGUAUACCAUAAAUUAGCCACAUAGUUUCUUGACAGUGCUUGUAAAUCUAUGAUAACAUUUUGUAAAGAUAGUUAAUAUUCUGUUUGAUGAACACAGACAAAGCAUGAUUGGAUGAAAUGAUCUUAAAAUGUGUUGGAUAAAGGCUGAAAGCUUUGAUCAAACAUGGACAUGUUUUGUGUUUGACAUUUAUUUUGAAAUAGAUUUGUCAGUUUUGUUUACAAUAAAGAGAUUCAAACUGGUCAUUUUAAUCUAUUGGUAUUUUCUAUAACUUUUGAUGUACUAUAGAUAAAUUUGUAAUUUUCAGUUUAACA